UGGAUAAAUAAGACGGCCUAGCGCCUGAUAUCGGUUUGGAGACUUCAGUCAGACAAGUUUAAACGGUCUUCUUUGCUUUACGGACAAAAGCGCCACGAUGACUGAGGCGAUUCUGUACUUAAUUACAGCGCUAUUGUGUGUAAUAACGGUAAAUGAAGCGUGUAAGUGUGCCGUAGUACAUCCACAGACGAACUUCUGCAAUGCAGAUUUUGCCAUCCGCGCUAAAGUGUUGAGUGAGUCCCAGACUAACAAUAGCCGAGUUUACACAGUCAAGAUCUUGAAAGCCUUCAAAGGAACUAAUGAAAUUACUCGGAUCACUGCAAGUCAAGUUAAAGACGCAGGAAAACGCAAGAACAAGAAGGUGGCUCAUGUUACGACAGAACUCCAUUCGGCUGCCUGCGGAGUGAGCCUCGACCAGUCAAAAACUUAUUUGCUACUUGGUUACAUUGACGAGCAGAAGUUACGAAUCGACUCGUGCCAGUGGAAUGCGCUAUGGACAAGCGCCACUGCUCAACAACGCCGCGGGCUCAAGAAACUCUAUGGUCAAAACUGCGCAUGUCGCAUUGAAAAAUACUGCUUCAGAAGACCGACCGAGACGUGCGACGAUAUGAUUGAUGGGUGUGAUGUCCCGGAUGCUGAUCCGGCGGUACGCUUUUGCAAGAAAAAGAAUGCCUACUGUAAAAAACUGGGAGAUGAGUGCAAAUGGAUCAUUGUUAAGAAGGCUUUCCAAAAGUGCAUUUCGAGUUAUUGAGACUUGAAUGAAAUUUAACUUGUCUUCCCAAACUCGUUGUUUGCAGUACAUUUUUAAAAAAUGUUUUUCCAUUUCACUACGAUUUAAGUAAGCUAACAACGCGUGAUCUCUGUCGAUUCAAACUGAAAAUUGGAAUGUCAUUGCGCAUUAGUUACGUCACGGUUUGCGCAUCUUAAAAUGUUUAACCUAAAUUUUUCAAGUUGGUCGUUUGUAAUCCUUGUAAAUC